AAUUGUAUGGGAGCUUCUUUGGACUAUUCUCAUAGGUCAUCCUUCUCUCUCUAACAAUUCAUACCAAUUUUCUCUCUCUAAAACAGUGUGUUUUUGUUGUUCAUAUAAGUUGAAUCUCCAUCUGUGACCUUGAUAUAGAGAGACUCCUCAAUUUGCUUCUUCUUCCACGCGUCUCGUUCUCCAAUCUCUCUUAUUUAUGUCAUAAUGAGAUCAGAUUCAUAGUCUCUUAUUCACAUUUUUCUUGUUGGGUUUUGUAUUUUUUUUUGCUGUUAAAUUCGUCGUUUGGGUUUUUGAGAUCAGAAAAAAAAAAUUAGCAACAAUGACACCCUCCUUUCAGUGGUGGGGGAAGGAGAGUCACAGAGGCACGCCUGUGGUGGUCAAGAUGGAGAACCCCAACUGGUCAAUGGUGGAGUUAGAGGGUCCGACGGAGGAAGAUUUCAUCCUCGAUGACUCGCCGAGUCACGGUCCCCGAGACAGGAAACCCAGAGGCAAGAACGCGAAGCAGCUCACUUGGGUUCUCCUCCUCAAAGCUCACAGAGCCGCCGGUUGUUUAACCUCCAUUGCCUCCGCAAUGGUAAGCCUUGGUUCCGCCGUGCGCCGCCGCGUCUCAUCCGGACGCACCGACACCGACACUGACGGGGACAACGAAAACAACAGAGAACACGAGAACCCAACAAUUAAAAGUAGGUUCUACUCUUUCAUCAAGGCCUUUCUUUGGUUAUCAGUACUUCUUCUUGUGUUUGAGGUUGCUGCGUACUUCAAUGGCUGGCAUUUCGAUGCGGCACAAAUGCGAUUAAAGUAUUUGAUUUCCACGUCUUUGGGGUUUAAGAGUCUCUUUGAUUCGCUGUAUUCUAAGUGGGUUUUGAUUCGUGUGGAGUAUCUUGCUCCUCCUCUUCAAUUGCUCGCCAAUGUAUGUAUUCUGCUCUUCCUUAUCCAGAGUAUUGAUAGACUCGUUCUCUGCUUCGGCUGUUUCUGGAUCCGCUUUAAGAAGAUUAAACCCAUACCCAAACAAGAUGCAGUAGCAGAUCUUGAAUCCGGCGAGAAUGGCUAUUUCCCAAUGGUUCUUGUUCAGAUCCCAAUGUGCAAUGAAAAAGAGGUGUAUCAACAAUCGAUAGCUGCUGUGUGCAAUUUGGACUGGCCGAAGUCGAACAUUUUGAUUCAAGUUCUUGAUGAUUCAGACGAUCCGACUACCCAGUCUCUGAUCAAAGAGGAGGUGCACAAAUGGCAGCAAGAUGGUGCCCACAUUGUGUAUCGGCAUCGCGUGAUAAGAGAUGGGUACAAGGCUGGUAAUCUCAAAUCCGCCAUGAAUUGUAGCUAUGUCAAAGAUUACGAAUUUGUAGCUAUUUUCGACGCUGAUUUCCAGCCGACACCUGAUUUUCUCAAAAGAACUGUCCCCCAUUUUAAGGGUAAUGAAGAGCUUGGACUUGUUCAAGCAAGGUGGUCUUUUGUGAACAAGGAUGAGAACCUGUUGACAAGGUUGCAGAAUGUUAAUUUGGCUUUUCAUUUUGAGGUAGAGCAGCAAGUGAAUGGUGUUUUCUUGAAUUUCUUCGGGUUCAAUGGGACUGCUGGAGUGUGGAGGAUUAAGGCUUUGGAGGAUGCAGGUGGGUGGUUAGAGAGAACCACUGUUGAGGACAUGGACAUUGCUGUCAGAGCUCAUCUUCACGGAUGGAAAUUCGUUUUUCUCAAUGAUGUCGAGUGCCAGUGUGAACUACCAGAGUCUUAUGAAGCUUACAGAAAGCAACAACAUAGAUGGCAUUCUGGACCAAUGCAAUUGUUUAGGCUAUGUUUGCCCGAUAUUAUCCGAGCUAAGAUUAGCUUUUGGAAGAAAUUCAAUAUGAUCUUCCUCUUCUUCCUGCUUAGAAAACUGAUCCUACCAUUUUACUCUUUCACCCUUUUCUGCAUAAUUCUGCCCAUGACAAUGUUCAUACCAGAGGCCGAGCUCCCAGCAUGGGUUGUUUGUUACAUUCCAGCCACCAUGUCAUUCCUCAACAUCCUCCCAGCUCCAAAAUCUUUUCCCUUCAUUGUCCCUUACCUUCUUUUUGAGAACACUAUGUCGGUGACCAAGUUCAAUGCCAUGGUCUCUGGUUUGUUCCAGCUGGGAAGUGCUUAUGAGUGGGUUGUUACUAAGAAAUCAGGCCGCUCCUCCGAAGGCGAUCUUGUUUCCUUGGUUGAAAAGGAAGCAAAACCUCAUAGAAUGGUGUCGGUGCCUGACCUCGGUGAAAUGAAGGAGGAAAUUCUGCAGCAAGAGAAGGCUGCGAGAAAGAAGAAGCACAAUAGGAUAUAUACUAAGGAGCUGGCACUUGCUUUCCUUCUUCUAACAGCUUCAGCUAGGAGUCUGUUGUCGGCUCAGGGUAUCCAUUUUUACUUCUUGUUGUUUCAGGGAGUAUCUUUCCUGCUGGUCGGUCUGGACUUGAUCGGUGAGCAGGUUAGUUAGAAUGAAUAUGAAACGGUAGCCUAUUCGGGAACAUAAGUGAAUGAUUGAGAGUUCAUAGAAACAAGCAGUAAUGGGUGGAUUGCAAGUUUGCAACAUCUGAGAAUAACUAAAAUGUGAAUUGUUGUGGAUACAUCGUUGCGGGUUUGAAGGUGGUUCCUUUCUUGCCUGUUCUUCGCACCCUCCUGAAGACUAUUACAAACCCCACCCAACAUUGGAAGAAAACAUGUUAGAAGGGCAGAAAAAAAGAGACUUCAUUGUCUAAAAGAGAUAAGAGUGGUGAUGCUCUUCAACAUAUGUAAGCUCUUGCUGGUUCUGUUUCUUAUUUUUUUUGAUUCUUUCUCUGUGUCAAUUCUUUUUGUAAGAAAAAUUGUUGUUCAAACCUCAACAGGAGUACGUUUUAGUUAUAGUUUUAAGACAGUACAUAACAUUCAUCUUUUCGCUGCUCU